AUGAACAAGCCUUUAAAUCAAGACGAUAUAUCAGCCAUGGAAGAUCAAUUAAGGCAGAGUGUGGAGGAGGACAGAAAGUAUUGGCAAGUUAAUAAUGUAAAGUGCGACGCAAUUCAUACAGCAAAAUCUUACGAAGAAUUUGCGGAUCGGGUAGCUGCAGCUCAUUUACGUCCAUUAGAGAAAGGUGAUUUUUCGAAAAAAGCUUCUCCUGGCUGGAAUCAAUUCGCGGCCACAGAAAAAGAGAUUAAAGAA